AUGUAUCUUUGUGACCAUAGUGAUUAUGAACAGCUCUAUUCCCUAGAUUUCUUGGGAGUAGAGGAUCGAGGGGAAAAAGAUCAGUCAACAAUUUAUGCAGAAUUCCAAGAAAACAUCACUAGGAAAGAGGAUGGGAGAUACGAAGUUGCUGUUCCAUGGAUACCUGGAGCUGUAUUGUCAAACACUAAUGAAGAACCCAGUAGGAAGAGACUCCACAAUGUAAACAGGAAGUUGAAACAGAAUCAACAGCUCAAAGAUGAAUACGAGAAAAUUGUGCAUGAACAGUUGAAAGACGGAGUCAUUGAAAAGACGAAAGAAAGCUCGACUAGUGAACGUGUGUUCUACAUGCCACACAAACCGGUGAUUAAAGAAAAUGCCUCUACAACCAAGGUGAGAAUGGUAUUCGAUGCCAGUGCCAGACCCCAUCCAACGGCCAAUAGCGUCAAUGAAUGCAUGCACACUGGCCCCCCACUUCAACCAUUGUUAUGGGACAUAUUAAUCAGAGCCAGAAUGUCAACCCAUCUACUACUCGCAGACUUGCAGAAGGCGUUUCUGCAGGUUGGUUUGAAGGAAGAUGAUCGAGACGCGUUUCGGUUUCUGUUUGACAUUAACGGUCAAGUAGAACAUUUAAGAUUUACUUGUGUGCCUUUCGGCGUGGAAGCCAGCCCAUUUAUGCUUGGUGCCACCCUGCAACGCCACUUCAAUCUGCAGCCAGAAGAGUACCAAAACACCAUUGAGUCGUUAAAAGAGAACACUUAUGUUGAUAAUCUAAUGAAGACCGGAAGUGAUAUUGCAGAUCUUGAAGAUUUCAAACGUGAAGCGACAGAAAUCCUAGAAGACGGGAAGUUCCCAGUCCACAAGUGGGAGUCGAAUGUCGAAGAACUUGACAACGAAUCAAAUCCCAGCAAAAUACUCGGACAUAAAUAA